AAAAAAAGAACCAAUCACUCACUACGUAACUAGACAAAAAAAUAGAAAUAUACUUCAUUAAUUUUGUCAUUGUUUUGUCACAUAGUUUAUUUUCCCAACAAUUACAAGUGUAUUGCACCACUAAGCAGAUAAACGUCCAAAUGGUGUAAGUUUCCAGUUAAUGGGCGUUUUUUUGAAAUUUACUUUCGAGGUCACACACACAGAACUGUAACAAUAUGACGGAUUCAAGUUCGUUUUCGUCUCUUCUGGCGCUUGUCGACAGCCACCUGUCUAAGACCAGCAUCCAGGGGAGCCAUUCUGAUGAUAUCAACAACCUUGGCAAUCGUUUUCCUAUGCCGUCCCUUAGUGGGGCGCAACCAGGCACCCUCUCCGACACCAGACUCCAGCGGCUACCGAUACCCAGUUUCGGCCUGAGUCAGAGUCCCAUCCAAAAUGUCCUUGCUGAACAAGUGGCUAACAUGCUAAAAGCCAAAGAACUAAAGAAACAGCAGGAGGAAGAAAAGAAGAGAUUAGAAGAGGAAAUGAAGAAAAUGAAACUAGAAGAGGAAGACGACUGUAUUAUUGACCUGAUGCAGGCAUUACAGGUGCCUUAUGAUCCACAACCACUUGUCAAACAGGAAGUACUUAGCAGCAGUAGCUCAUUUGAAUCACUAUUUGAGCCAAAGUUCAUUGACUGUGAUGGAACAAAUGAGGAACCCAAAUCCCCUGAACCUGUGUUGCCUUGUAUACAAGACAUGUCAUAUAUUCUCACAAAGAAAAUAAAGAGAGGUAAGGGUUCUGCAUUUGGCAAAGUUAUGUCAUCAAGAUUGAAGCCAGUUGCUGCUCCAUACUUCCACACUCGUAUCAAGACUAGCAUAGUCCCAUUUGAUUUCAGUACACCAUCACCCUGUGAUAUCAUAAAGGAAAAGUUGAGGAGACCAACAUGCUGUGUAUCUUAUAAGCCAGACAUUAUCAACUUUGUGGUGUAGUUUGACUACAAGUGUAGUGUUUACUUAUCCAAAUCUACUAUGAUAUAACUGUUGGCAUUAUAUUUAAGUCUGAUAUACAGAAGUACCUAGGUUAAAAUAGACAUUAGAAAUUUAUGAUCAAAUUAGUGUCAUCUUAUUUGUGUCAGCAAAUAUAAAUAUGUACUUGAUUAUAGUAUUUAAUCAAUAAAAUUUACAUUAUA